GAGCAGCUGAUGGCCCUGCUGGCCCAGCAGGCGUCAUUGAUGGGGGCCCUGGCUCAGAGCGGCGGUCGCCAACCAGACGCACUGUCGCUCCUGGCGGACGGUGGGCGCGACGACGGGCUCGGCGAGAGCACUGGCAUGCGACUUGGCGGCGCGCGCGGCGCUGCCGCCCUGGAGCUGUUCCGACGCCUGGUCCAGAGCAGCCCCCGGGCCGUCUCCGCCAUGGCCCGGCGGAAUCGCCAGCUCGACAUGACGGGCGCCGCGAGCGAGGAGGGCAUGAGCGACUCCACGCGGAACUACUUCGCUCGCAACGUCCCGUUCGGGCAGGCGAGGUCGUCGGCCUUCCUGGUGUUCGGCAUGGCGGAGGUGUUCGACCUGAUGGAGCGCGGCUUGCGGCGCGCCGCCGAGGCUCAGCUGGCGCUCCUCCUCUGUGCGUCGGAGCAGGCGGCCCUGAGGGAAUGGCGCUGGACGUCAGCCUGGCUGCUGACUCACCUGCCCGAGCCGCCCUGGACUUCGAUCCGCCAGGCGCCGGCACGCGGGCAGAUCCGCCCCAUGUCCCGCUCGGCCUCGCCCGAGUGGAUCGCGGCAGCGAUCGGCUACACCAAGGACACGCUGGCCCUCGAGGACGCGGAGCGGAAGCUGGCGCCGGCCGCAGCACCGAAGGCCGAGGAGGGCGGAGGAAAGGGGGGGGGCUCGAAGCGCCAUGGCAAGUCCGCUGGCGCGCCCCCUCACGAGAGGCUGGUGGGCGGCAGCAAUUCGCUGGACGUGGGCAUCCGCUGGGGUUUUGGCCUGAUCCGCCGCCUGCGCGGGCUCCGCACGGCCUUCGGCGCCUUCGUCCGCUCCUCCAUGCACGCCGCUGGGCGAUGGCUUCGCACUCACGUCGAGCACAUGUGGGUCAACGCCGUCGUCCUCGCGCUCUCCCACCUGCACCUGGGCGAGUCGCGGAUCUGCCCGCCGCGCGCCCGCGCGGGGAGGCCUUGCAGUUCGUCUCAGUCCGAGAUGGUGUCCAGGCUGAGUAGGCUUGUGCGACCGAUGUGCCGGCCCCUGCAAUGGCACGGUGGCCGCGUGGAGAAGGCCGACGCUCUGCUCGACUAUCUCCUGAAUGCGAUGCAGCUCCCCUUGGGCGCCGUGGCGCCCUUUCCCGACUGCGAGGUGACGACCAUCGACCCGAGCAAGGCUCCCUUCGCCAAGGCCGAGUGCCACUUCGACCCCCUGGCGUUCUUGGCCCCGUUUGCCGCCGCCACGUUCUUGGAGCCGCGGCUGCUGGCGCGGGAUGGGCCGGGCGUCGGCCCCCUGGCGCGCGCGGUCGGGCCCCCGACCCGGCCCGCUCCGGCGAGGCCGGCCCGCCAGGCCCUGCGAGGCACCCUGUUUCCCGUGUUCAAGGACGCCAACACGCAGAGGGUCGUCUUCAAUCGCAUCGCUCGCAACUCGGCUGAGUUGCCGCUGGGCGGCUUCUCCAGACUGGCCCCGAGCGCCGCCGUGCUGGUGGACCUGGAGGUGCCUGCUGGCUUUGUCCUGCGCGUCUGGGCGGACGACCUCCAGGACUUCUACCCCGCCUUUGACUGCACUUACGACAUGGCUUGCACCAACGACGUGGCGCUCCCCCUCCCGACGAGGCUCUACGAGGGCUUCGCAGGCGUCGUGCUGGACGACCACUUCGGCCUGGCUGUCGACGCUCCGGGCUCGCGGGAAGCUCGGCGUGCUAUCGAGGAGUCCUUCGCCCGCGCGCGCGAGGGCUAUGCUAAGGCUGGCCUCAGGGUCAGCGCUGGCAAGGAGGUGAAGGACGCGGCGGAGGCGACGGUCAUCGGGGCAGAGCUCCUGGGCCACGACCGGCUCGUCGGCGCCUCCCGCACCCGCAGGCUGGCGCUGGCCUGGAUGGGCCUGUCCAUGGCCCGGGGCCGACGCUCCAUUACGCUGGGGCUGCAGAGGUUCCUUGGCAUGGGGCUUUUUGCCGCGCUAUUCCGGCGGCCGACCCUGUCGCUCCUCCACCACUGCUACAAGGAGGUCGACGUCGGCCGCGACCCGCACGAGGUGUUCGACCUGAGCAGCGCGGCCUGCAACGAGUGCGCCCUGUUCGCGGUUCUCCUCCCGCUGAUGGCCACCGACCUCUCCGCGGGCUGGGGGCCGCGCGUUCUGGCCUCGGACGCCUCGCACUUGGCCGGAGCGUCCGUCAAGACGCCGGCCUCAGCGCCCACCGCCAGAGCUUUCUGGCGCCAGCGCGAGCAGCGAGGCGCUCGUACGUGGCUGUACCCCUCAGGCUGGGCUGCCCUGGCCAACCCCGAGGACGGCGCCGUCCUGCAGGACCUGGAGGAGGGUGCCGCACCUCCCCCUGGCGUCGUCGACCCGACGGCCUCGCUCAUCGAGUGCUUCGACGUGCUGGAGAUAGACAUCAAGUGCCACAAGUACUGGGACCUGGUCGACUCGCGCCUGGCGGAGUGGGUAGUAUGGCUUAUCUGGCAGAGGCGCGUCAAGAUGACCAUAUCGCAGGUUCCAUGCACCAGCUUCUCGAUCGCGAGGCUCCCGAGGCUCAGGUCCAGGAUGCGGCCCUGGGGAUUCGACCCAUCUUCGACCCCGACGCGUCUGGGGAACGUCCUCUUCAGGGUGGGCAUGCUGGCGCUGUUCGCCCACCUGAUCUCGGGCCACGGUACCGGCUUGCACGAGCAUCCCCUGACGGCCUACUCCUGGUGCGCGCACAUCGUCGAGUUCCUGCUGACGCACGAGGUCGUGGACCGCUUCGACCUCUCGAUGUGA